GUAAUCGUCAUCAAGUCUGGGUUAGCAGUUAGCACUCUGUGAGUGAUCAAUAUUAAAUAGUCUUGCAAGUCGAUGUCAAUUGUCAAAUAUUGUCAUUCAAAGUGAUUUGGUUCACUAAAACUAAAACCGACAAAAACAUUGGAGUAAUAAUAUUUAUUUAAAAAAAUAAUAAUAUAUAACAUUGUUAUUUAUAUUUAUCAAUAAAAUAUAAAUAUAUACGUCUCACUUUCAUUUAAAUUUUAAUAAAAAUUUCCUCAUUUUCUUGAAGAUAUGUAUAAAUUUAAAUAUAACAUAUCGAUAUUUAUUUUCAUCUUACUACUACCUUUUAUUUUAAGUAGUGAUGGCGAUAGAUCACCUUUUUAUCAAAAUUGUGUUAAAAGCUGUAAUAAAGCCAAGUGUACAUUAGAGGGAGCAUUCCAAGAAGAAUCAGCUAAAUCCCAAGAUAUAUGGAAUAGAUGGCUCAACUGGAGCUGCAAUGAUGAAUGCCGCUACCAUUGCAUGUGGAGAGCUGUACAAGCUUUCCAAGAGAGAGGGUAUCAAAUACCCAAGUUUCAUGGGAAAUGGCCAUUUAAACGCAUCCUUGGUGUUCAAGAACCAGCAUCUGCCUUUGCAUCUCUGCUUAAUCUGAUAACCCACAUUCACAUGUACUCGGAGAUAAGACAAAUAUCAGUGAGGAGUACACCACAAGUCUUGCUCUGGCACGCCUUUGCUAUAGUUUGUAUGAAUGCAUGGAUCUGGUCCAUAAUAUUUCACACGAGAGACACUCCCUUUACAGAGUUCAUGGACUAUGUGUGUGCUCUGUCUAUGGUUAUGAGCUUGUUCAUAGCUGCUGUUAUAAGAAUACUACACAGAAGGCGGACGCCGUUAGCGAUACUUCUGACGUUCACGCUCGUGUACUUCGCGGAGCACGCGCGCUAUCUGUAUUCGGGUCGAGUCGACUAUGACUACAAUAUGCGAGUUAAUAUAUUCUUCGGCGCGGCGGGCGCGCUGCUGUGGCUGUGGUGGGCGGGCGCGCGCGCGCGGCGCUACGCGUGGCGCGUGGUGGCGUUCACGCUGCUGUCGGGCGCGGCGCUGGCGCUGGAGCUGCUGGACUUCCCGCCGCGCGGCGGCUGGGACGCGCACGCGCUGUGGCACGCCAGCACGGCGCCGCUGCCCCUCUUGUUCUACAGAUUCGUUAUCGACGACCUGAAAUAUUCGAAGCUAACGCUGAAUAUUAAGAAGAGUGCUUAAAAAUAAUGUAGAAGUGAAACGACAUAAAAAAUUGUUCCCUCUUUACUCUUAAAGUCCUGCACGCAAAAGAUAUAUGCCGGCGUAUAGGCUUUUCGUGUGAAUUUCGUUAAAUAAUAAUAUAAAUUAUGAUUCAAUAACGGCUAAGGUCGGUUCUAACAGUCUAUGAUUCACUCUCUUGAAUAGAUGAUCGACAUGAAUAUAUUUAUA